CAUCAGACGUGUUUGCAUAGCCUACUGGAAACUCGUCAGAAACGCUGGAAGCAAAGGGAGCGCCAUGCGGGGACGGCGACAAGCUUUUUUGUAAAGGCUGCAACAGAAUCCAUCGAGUCAUUUGAUGCCAGCUCUGAGACAAAGGAGAACUAAACUUGACUAGUGGAGCUCAGGGCUGAAAUAAGAAGCUUUCGGAGACUCGUGGUCACCGCGUUUCUACUGUUUUCUCUUUACAACAGAAAACUUCUGGAGACGUUUCGAUUUUUUUCUAAAUUUCUUUCUGCUGCUUUUCGAUUGACUGAAUAUCUCCGUCGCUGCUGGAUCUUAAGCCUUUCACAGUGGCUUCCUUAUAUAUUAAAUAUAGCCGCUGUUAACGCCGCAGCCGAGCGGUCCUAAAUUGGAUAUUUCCAGCGUUGCCAAAGUUUAUAUUUAAAUUCUCCGCUGAUUUUAAGUCUUUACGCUGUUUUAUAACAAACACUUUUUCCCACCCUAAUGUGCUAAUUGCACACUUGAAUCCGUCGGGGUGUAACAUUAUUAGCUGGCGCGGUUCUUAACAUGGUCUGCUUGUUGUGAACUGCAGCGUGUUGGUGUACAAAAAAAAAAAGCCGAUGACUGCUCUCUAGAGAAGCCAUUUUUAAGUCUUUGAUUUUCAGUCAUUGAACACGAGCCGCUUAACCUGCUCUGGGCUGCAGCUUUAACCUGUGCACAUACAUUUGGGCACCCUUUCUCCCCCCCUAUUGUUCUCAAAUCCCCGACAAUGACUGUCUGUGCGUCUGGCUAUGGGCGCGGUGGAUGUGCCACGGCUCGGGUUUUCCUCACCACCUAUGUGCUGGCGUUGGCUGUGUGCUGGGCCGGAGCUCAAGCUGAGCAGGCCGAGCCGAGCGGGGAGAGCCCACCGACGGUCACUCUCAGCACUCUGAUCACCGGAACCUGCCUGGAGAUCCAGCGGUACGCGGAGUCAGUGGUGGGAAGCGGUGUGAUCCGGUCAGCUGCUGAGCGUGCAGUGUUGUUUCUUGAGUCAUUGCUUGGUCAGGAGAACGUCUAUACAGUGGCCAUGUUUUUUGAGAUGGUGAUCCGAUUCCUUGCUGAAGGAGCUGCCAGCGGCCUGAAUGUCAUCGCUGUUUACGUCACAGAGAUCCUCAGGGUCACAGGAUUUGAUGUUGCACUGACGUCACCCCUCUUCACUCCAGAGGCCGUAGCCGCCAUUGCCCAGUGGGGUCUGGUGGCCCUGAUCGGCUACUGGGUGCUGACCAUCGUUCUCCGUCUGCUGAUUGGCGUGGUGAGGCGUGUGUUUUGGGUGGUGAAGACCGUCUUGGCGCUCUGGCUUUUUGGACUGAUCGUGACUGACAAGCAUGCCACUGCAGACAUCACGGCGGUUCGACUGGGCGGCCUGGUGCUGACGUGCGUCCUGUUGACUCUGCUCACCUCUUGCUCUGAAAAGACUUGUGGAGUGGAACACCGGCUGAGCUCCCUGGAGGGCCGGGUGAAGGCAGUCGAGAAAAGUAGGAAAAGUGAAUAGUGGCCGGAUAGGGCGGAGGGAAAAGAGUUACAGAUGGACAACAGUGAUGGUAAUGUCGGUAACAUUGAUGGUUUCUAUAUGUGUGUGUCAAACUAUAUGGAAAAUAAAGUAACCUCUGGGAUUUUUAAA